AUUGUCGUCUGCUUUGACGAAAACGAACGCCGUUGAAUACGCCACACAACUGCAGUCCCCCAAAAUACAAUAACUCAAUACUCAUUCAUUGCAGACUCACGGAUUCAGAACGAGCGUAAUUCCUAUCGCGUUUCUUUCCCCCUCUGUUUUUCGCAAUCGGGUUGCCACAACACGCACGCGCGAGACUCUUUUGACUCUUUCGCCAGAAGCCCAGAAGCAUCAUAACAGCGCAGUCAGGCUGGUCGGUCAGACGAUGAAGUGAUGGCGACGGUGCAGAGUGCUGCGAUGUUGACUCUCGACCUGUUGCCACACGAGGUGAUCGAGCACGUUCUCUCGUUCCCUCAGAUUGACAUCGACGAUCUCUGUCGAUGCUCUGUGGUGUGCUCCAAGUUCCGCGACGUUGUAUGCAGUAACGACUUAUGGAAGAAAAAGUUUGCCAGAAGGUGGCCCGAACUGUUCCGGCAGCAGAGCGGAGUCCACACGGCCUGGCGGGAGGAGUGCAUGGAGCGGCUCUCCUGCGGGCGCAAGCUGCUCCAGUGGGUCUCCCAGAUGUCCCGGGACUUUUACGCCCACGACGAGCUCUCCGAGGACGCCUUCGACGGGGUCGUUAUGCUCAGCAGGCACCCCCGCGCCCUGCAGUUCUACGUCGAUGAGCUCGCGGCCCUCUUGAAUGACGACCAGCCGGAGGAGCACCUGACGCUCAAGUACUACGCGAGGCGCGUGCAGUGCUUUGUGCGCCACGAGCACCUGAAGCGGCAGUGGGAGGCGUACCUGGGGGCGGAGGACGGAGAGCCUUCACUGGAGGAGGGGGCCCUGCUACUGUCCCAGUGGUGCCAGCCCCUGGGGCAGGUGGCCCGGGAAGCUGUAGGGGCCAGGCUGGAUGACCUGGCGCACAGGGUGCGGGCUUUGGUGGCCUUACGGCACCCCGGACACCCCCUGGUCAGGGCAGACUGGACCACCCUGCCGCCGACCACCCGACUCUCCUCGUCCAAGUGGAACCCUGCCGAGUGCCGCACGGUGCUGACGUGCGUCAACCAGGUGCUGUUUCAGGAGUACGGGCUCACGGGUGACCGCAACCACUACCACACUCCGGAAAACUCCUUCAUAGACAAGGUGCUGGAGAAGAAGAGCGGCAUUCCCUUGACCCUGUGCGUCGUGUACGAGGCCGUGGCCCGGCGGGUGGGGGUGCACUGCCUGCCGGUCAACUUCCCCACCCACUUCCUGCUCAAGUGGCUCGAGCACCCCCAGUUGCCCGAGGAGCAGCAGUACACGUACAUCGACGCGUACCACGGAGGCCGCUUCAUGGCGCAAGGCGAGUGCCCCCAGCUGUGUCCCCACCUGCAGCUGGACAAGAGCACCUGCUACGAGACGCUCGGGGCACCCAAGGUGCUGGUGCGCAUGUGCUGGAACCUGGUGGAGGCCUGGCGCCAGUUCGAGGGCAACCUGGGCAUGCAGGGGCUGCGCUACGCCCUGGAGCUGCUGGAGCUCUUCGAGGGCCGGGGCCGGCACCCCAGCGACUUCCAGCGGGGGGACAUCGAGCACCGUCUGCUGCUGGCACGCGUGUACCUUCACCUGGGCAUCAACUAUGAGCAGAUCCUGACGCUGCUCAAGGGCAUAGAGGCGGCGCACCCGGCGUCGAGCGGCGUGGUGGCCUACAUGUACCGCACGGCGCAGAGCCAGAUGGUGGCCCAGCAACAGCGCAAGGAGGCUCGUGUCCAAAGGCACCCGCGCAAGCUCCGCUCCGGCCCCAGCUCCCACUCCAAGGUGGCCUUCGCAGUCGGCAUGAUCAUGCGCCACAAGAAGUACCACUACCAGUGCGUGAUCUACGGCUGGGACGGCAAGUGUGCGGCCAACCGGGACUGGAUCUACCAGAUGGGGGUGCACAACCUGAGCCACGAGGACCGCCAGCCCUUCUACAACGUCCUCGUGGAGGACGGCUCCAACCGCUACGCAGCACAAGAGAACCUGCGGCCCUCGAUGGGCCCCAAGGCGAUUCCACACCCGGACGUGGGCAAGUACUUCGAACGCUUCUGCGGCACCCACUACCAGCCCAACGCCGAGAAGGAGGACGAGUACCCCGAGGACGCGGAAGCACGCCAGGAACUGCUCAACAAGACCUUCCACGCGGAGGUGGAAGAAACCCUCCAAGAAGCGGCAGAGGAGGCCUCCAGUGGCUAGCGACCCUGCACCGAUCCGAUACAGAAGCGGCCCGUAGUCGACGGAGGAGUAUUGGAUGACUUAAGUGCAAGCUUCCUACCUUGGUCUGCGCUUGGACGUGCGAGCGUGCAACCAAAGCGUAAAGGAAGGCACGGAGCGCCUGCCUGAGGUGUUCUAUAGUCGCCGUACGGACGUAAUUGACGUGCUUGAGCAACUUUGAGCGUCCUUUCAAACGUCGUUUCCGGUCUAACUGCCUCCUAUUUUAGGGUUGGGACUGCAAGUGGUCAGUUUGACCUUUGCUCAUUCUUAGAUUGUAUACAAUUGCUCAAAUUAGGUUCAUAAGGACGAGGUAUCCUUGAGAUGGUCGCUUACUUCGUGGCAACGCUAAAAGUAUGCGAGGCACAGGCCGUGCGUAUUCGACCCGAGACAGAUACGCGGAAAAAGCGACGGGACGUUACUAGUAAAUCCGUUGCAACUCUGUCGUCGCAGUUCGAUCGCAGAAUACGAAGACGGUGGCACGGUCAAAGUUUGCUCGGUUUAUACGACGUUUGUGUGCACAUCGAGCGAUAGGAAUUAUCUGCCGCGAGAAAUGUUCGCACAAUUGGCAAUUCGAGCUUCUUCGCACCGGGCUGCGCCACAGGUAAAUGUGAUGGAGGUCAACGAUAAUCUGCUCGAGGUUGAGCAGGUACUGCCAGGAGCACGUUGCCUACAUUUGGCUGAACCUUCGCGCGAUCUUGUUUUGGUUUGUGUUUUUCGAGUGCACUAACAUUGCUGCAAAAGCAGCUUUCGAGUCAGAAGAAAGGAUAAGUUCAAGUACCAUUCUUGCGGUGUCAAUGAUACAUUCAGGAUGCUGCUUCUGUAAGUAAAAAGUGUACCAUAUGAUGAGUGUAAAUUUUGUCUCGUUUGUAAUAUUGCGUCCCAUUUGAAAUGUUGAAAUGAGCAGUUGGAACCAAUCGACUUCCCAUCGGUUGACAUACUUUAUACUCUGUCCAAAAAAUAAAAUUGGAUGACGAAUGUUUUAACGAGCUCCAAGAGCAAA